AUGAAGAGAAAUAUUUAUCAGAUAUUAAGUAUAAUCAUACCUUACUUUCUAUAAUAUGAUAACAAAGAUGAUGAUACUAAUUACAUUAUCAAUAAAGAACAACUCAUCAUAGCUUUCUCUAAAAUAUUAUUUUAUUUUGGAAAACUGAAAAACCUAAUUUACUCAGACGAUUUCCUAAACGUACUUUCAAUAAUAUUUUAGCUUGACCCUGUAAAAAGAGAGGAAAUUUUCUAACUUACAGUGAGUUGUCACUUAAUCAAAGGUAAAUUUUUGGACUGUCCUUUCAAAACUUGA